UUUGCUCUGAAUGCGUCUGUUUUUUCAACAUUUUCUAUUAUUUUAUGCGGCAAGUGCCUAUAAUGUAUCCGUGAAUACCAAUAGAAGUUUCCUGUUCGGAGAUGUACUUGAGCCAUUAUGCUCAAUUAAUGUUACAGGUCAGAAUUUGACAAGGUCGGAGCUUAUUGAGUUAUUUCACAAAUGGGAGAAGUAUACAUCUUCCCAAAUUUCAUCUUCAUCUUCAAUUUCCGAUUAUAGAAAAGCGAUGCCUUGCUUUCCAGGACCAAACUUGAAUUUGACUUCUUCCAACUCUGACAUGAUUCCACAGUAUCCAAACUGCGAGACUUUUGUUAAUAUUUCAAAAACCACCUUUGGAGAAGCCAAUGAUCUACUUGAAGAAGUGAAAAAGGUGAGAGGUGUUGAACAAAUGGAUGUUUCCUUGAAGUCUGUUAUCAACUCAUUGAGCAGUCGACUUCAAAACUUGAUUGACUAUUUACCGGACGGAGCAACAAAGAAUAAAACACAGGAACGUCUCUCGACUCUUAUUGAAAUCGGAAAUCAAAAACUCCCUGAAACUCUACGAAACUCUACACGUAACCAGCCACCCACCCAGAGCACCAAAUCUGAGUUCAAUCCAUUUGAGCUUCUAUCUUGCUUUAACAUUAGCAUGAUGAAAACUGCUACAGUAUCUGGACAAACUAUCGGCUCAAUUGCUUGCUCUAAAUUCAAGUUAUGCUCAUUCUCAGCAGUUACCUCAAACCCUUGCCUAUCAAACUUGAGGAUAACUGAAGCUCAAUACGAUUCAGUUGUAAAUAAGACUAUUGCCGAAUUAAUAGGUGAAAAAUUGGGCGGAGAGCAAGUUCAGAAAAAGCUUGGUAGUGCGAUUGGUCAAUUUUUUGGAGAGCAUCCAAGAUCUAAACGAACACCAAAACCACGAUGCGAGAAUUGUACUGAAGAAGAAUAUGAAGAUGUGACACCACUUUCGGAUCAAGUGAAAAUGGAUGGAAGAGAGGAAUUGGAAGAAAGUGAUGAUAGAAGUUCAGGAGUAGAAUCAGAUGAAAGUUCUGGAGAAGUUAUUGAUGAAUCAUAUGGAAAAAUUGAUGAAUUGGAUCAAGAAAUGAGUAAACGAUCAACAGAUUCUCGAAAAAUGAGCCAUGAAGAGAUCACUCAAGCGAAGAUAGCAAAAAUUCGAGAAUCUAUCAUAGAUCAACUUCUCACAAAAACAGACGAUCCAGAUAAUUCCACAGAUUUUCAACCGACGAAGCGAUCUGCGGCUCUUGAAGCUUCACAAGACAACUUUAAGGAAGCACUUGAUAAUUUUAGAACCGAGCAUAUUGAAGACAUGACCGAAGGGAGUGGUCAAGAAUCGGAUAGACCAACAGAUUCUACAAAACUUUAUGGAUCAACACAAAGUCCAUCUGAAAUUAUCAGGCCCUCUAUCAGAACUCUUAAUAUGGAGACUGAAUCUAGUCCGGUGGAUUUCAUUGAGAAUAUGUCUCCAAUUUCUGAUUCGAAUGAUAUGGAUUCUUCUACAGUACCCAACGUUGCUAAAAAGAAUAAUAACUUUGAGAAAGACCUUGAUGCCUUCAGAACUGUAAAUAAUGGAUCGGAAAAGCUCAAUUCAAGCAUGUUCCAAGAGCUUCAAACUGUUCUAAACCUUAAGCUAAACUCAACCAUGCUGGAAUAUGCGGCUUCUUUCGCCAAUAUCUCUGAGUCACUUCCGAAAAUGAGUGGAGAAUUCACAGUUUCUCAAUUUUUGCAAAAAAUGGAUAUCAAUGACUGGCCAACUUUGAAGCAUCUUCUCAACUCAAUGCAGUCAGUGUUUGGCAACCUGCCAGGAUUUUCACAGAUCUCGAAUUUUAUAGAAAAUCUUUCAAGCAGUGGAUUGGAUUUGAAAAGUGUUUUGAAAAUGAUUCCAGCUAUGAAUUCUUCUGGAACUUCAUUACAUAAAGAUGCCGUUUUAGAUUUGCUGAAUUCCUUCAAGAGUAAAAUAUCAUCUUCCGACACACCAAAAUCUCCAGCGUUAGAAGCAGCAAUCCAAAAAAUAAGCGAAGCUUCAACUCUUCCUACUUUGCUCCAAAAUGACCUGAAUUCGAAUGAUUCAUCAAUAUCCGAUGCUCUAAAUAUUUUAAAAUCGAAUCCUUUGCUUUCGAGUUUGAAGAUUUGACUUUCCGGAAAUUCAAUCAAAAACAAUUUUUCUAAACUGAUGAAUAAAACUUGUUGUUAGU